UCGUCACUCGUUACUCGUCGGAGAGAUCGAGAGGGAAGGAGACCGCGGAGGACCGCCCUCGGAAUGUGGAAGCUCGUGCGAGUGGCCUGGAGCUUGCGUCAGGUGCGGUCGGCGUCGGUGUCGAUCCGCGGCCCCUGCAUCGUUAGCAAGCGGGGCACCGACAUACUCCACGAUCCAUGGUUCAAUAAGGAUACUGCUUUUCCUUUGACUGAAAGAGAUCGUCUCGGGCUUCGUGGUCUCCUUCCUCCUCGUGUUAUAUCAUUUGAGCAACAACAUCAGCGUUUUAUGGACUCAUAUCGGUCAUUGGAGCAUAAUACCAAAGGUGAAAAGGAAACUACUGUAUCUCUAGCAAAGUGGCGAAUACUGAAUAGACUACAUGAUAGAAAUGAGACACUAUACUACAAGGUUCUCAUUGACAACAUAAAGGAGUUUGCUCCAAUUGUUUAUACUCCAACUGUUGGUUUGAUCUGUGAAAACUAUGGAGGCUUGUAUAGACGGCCACGUGGCAUGUAUUUCAGUGCAAAAGACCAAGGAGAGAUGAUGUCCAUGAUUCAUAAUUGGCCCUCUAAACAGGUAGACAUGAUAGUAGUGACAGAUGGGAGUCGGAUUCUUGGUCUUGGGGAUCUUGGAAUUCAGGGUAUUGGAAUUCCUAUAGGAAAACUUGACAUUUAUGUUGCAGCUGCAGGAAUCAAUCCACAGAGGAUUCUACCUAUUAUGCUGGAUGUUGGGACCAACAAUCAGAAGCUUCUUGAAGAUAAUCUUUAUUUAGGAUUACGACAAUCAAGGCUGGAAGGAGAUGAGUAUUUGGCUAUUGUUGACGAAUUUAUGGAAGCAGCAUUUGCACGCUGGCCGAAGGCAGUAAUUCAGUUUGAAGAUUUCCAAAUGAAGUGGGCUUUUGAAACUCUUCAGCGAUAUCGUGAAAAUUUUUGCAUGUUCAAUGAUGAUAUACAGGGAACUGCUGGUGUUGCACUAGCUGGGUUGCUUGGUUCUGUGAGAGCACAAGGGAGAUCUCUAAAUGAUUUCAUGAAGCAGAAGAUUGUUGUGGUAGGAGCUGGAAGUGCAGGAAUAGGUGUGCUCAACAUGGCUAAAAAGGCUAUUUCUAGAAUGUGUGGAAGCAAUGAAUCUUUUGAGGGAAAUCAAUUCUGGCUGAUUGACAAAGAUGGUCUUAUUACAAAGGAGAGGAAAGACAUUGACCCUGCAGCUGCUCCAUUUGCUUGUGGCUAUGGUUCAGAGGAAGUCAAAGGACUUAAAGAGGGUGCUAGUCUGCUAGAAGUAGUAAAAAAAGUGAAGCCCCAUGUGCUUCUAGGAUUGUCGGGAGUUGGCGGUAUCUUCAAUAAGGAGGUGCUUAGGGCCAUGAAGCACUCUGAUUCCUGUCGCCCUGCAAUAUUUGCUAUGUCAAAUCCCACAAAGAAUGCUGAGUGCACUCCUAAGGAUGCAUUCAAAUAUGCUGGCGAAAACAUAAUUUUUGCUAGUGGAAGCCCUUUUGAAAAUGUAGAUUUAGGAAAUGGGAAAGUAGGUUAUGUCAACCAAGCAAACAACAUGUAUCUGUUCCCUGGGAUUGGAUUAGGAGCUCUUCUUUCUGGUGCUAAACACAUUUCUGAUGGAAUGCUUCAAGCAGCAGCUGAAUGCUUAGCAUCAUACAUCACUGAUGAAGAUAUUAAAAAAGGAGUCAUCUUCCCUUCUAUUUCUAGUAUCAGGCAUAUUACAAUUCAAGUUGGGGCAGCUGUUGUACAUGCAGCUGUCGCUGAUGAUCUUGCUGAAGGACAUGGCGACGUGGAUAUAAAACAGCUUUCUCACAUGUCAAAGGAGGAAAUUAUGGAGUACGUUGCUCGAAAUAUGUGGUACCCUAUUUAUAGUCCUCUCGUUCACGAUUGAUAAGACAAUGCUAUAUAAAAAAAGUCCAUAUUGUGAACAGAUGAGUUCAUUAUUAUUCGCCUUUCAUUCUUUUUCUGGCCGUGGGUAAAAUUUCAGAGGAAUUUGGUCACUAUAUGGAAAAAUGUUCCAAAUAUAACAAUUUUGGUGGUGCUUCAU